CGCGCUAAGCAGAACCCUGCAUGGAGGGUUGCGCUAUCUCAUGCAGGGUCCUGCUGUGCCUGACCGAGGUCUGAAUCGCGUGAUUGUUCUCAGCUAGAUCUCCACGAUGCUAGAAGGGUGGCAUGGAGAUGAUCACGUCGCAAAACCCGUAGUUGACGCUUAGGAGGAUCGACCGAUAGGGUGCUGUUAUUGGAGAGCAACGGACUGAGCGUUCGGAAAGGGCUUCCUCUCACCGCAACGUCCAAAAUGCAUGCAGGGACAAAGGGUCCAGCCGUUCGACCGAUUCUCGUCUUAUCAGCACUUGGAGCAACUGAUCCGGGGAAGAUAACGGAGCCUCCUCGGCGCGGCUGCAUUCAAACCUCAGAAGGCAAGGUCGGCCUCCGAGGAGGUGACUGAGUGACUCAAUAGCUAAGGAUAUAAGUCGGGCUGACGACCUUGGGCGGAGUUUCACCACCCAGCCUGUAUUCGCUCUAAAUUCUGGGAUCAAUCCCAAAUGUGCUCCUACACGUAUUCCUGGUAUUACUGCAACCACGGCUAUUACAUCUGGGCCAAUUCGAUCGAAAUUUGCGCCUCACGUCUUCUCUCCGGCUACUCCUACGACGCGUGGAGCAUUGAUAUGUGCAAGAACCCAACGGUCAAAUGCAGCGGUUUCUCUAACUACUACUGCGACGAUUGCUCCGAGGACGUGAAUCUUGAGUUGCAGCUGGACGAAUGGUAAAGAGGUAGUAGCGGGUUAUGAGACAAUAGUUUGAGGGACGAUGUUGAUUCGCUGG